AUGGAAGCUAUAUAUGAUGAGAUAGAGAUAGAGGAUUUCACAUUUGACCCAGUCACGCAACUAUUCCAGUACCCUUGUCCUUGUGGGGAUCGAUUUGCCAUCAGUCUUGACGAUAUGCAGGAUGGAGAAGAUAUUGCAGUGUGUCCUAGUUGUUCAUUGAUGGUUAAAGUGAUUUUCGAACUUGAGGAUCUUAAAGAAUAUAUCGAAGAAGUUAGUGGAUAA